CCAGAGAGAGAGAGAGAUAUACGUAUUCGUACAUUUUGUACAAAUGAUCAAUAAUAUUCUUUAAGUUAUACGGAAUAUACGCGUAGUUUUUGACAAAAUUAACUAGGAAGAGUGGGAUAUGGUGAAACAAACACAUAAUAAACAAUCUAUAAACGGUUUAGAUCAGCCAAAAACUCGCGAAAAAAAUGGAAAUUUACGAAUUUUGCUUUUAUACGUUGUGACCUUAGGUAUUUAUUUAAUUGCCGGAUAUUCGCAAUUUAAGAUGUUUCGGGUGAACCAACACCGAAGGAAUAUGGAAGAAUUGUCUACGCUUCGGCUAUUAGGAACAUUUCGUCGUUAUUUUUUUACGGGAUGGAAUUUGGUCCUUCAAAUAGCAUUUCUUCUAAUAGCAGUGACGGAUGAACUGACAAAAUUCUUCAAGUUCACGAAUACACAAAAAAGGAUUGAAAGGGCCAGGAAAUUUUUCUUUUCUACACUGGUAUUUCCUAGUUCUUUAUUGGUCGCUUCGGUAUUUUGGACAAUCUGGCAUGUGGAUAGGGAACUUAUUUUUCCAAAAAUUAUAGAUACAUUUUAUCCAUCUUGGCUCAACCAUACCCUCCAUACAUUCAUACUGUUACCCCUACUUAUAGAAACAGUGAUUCACUUCAAAAGCGCAUACUCUAACUUGUCCAGGACCCGAGCGCUACUAAUUUUAUUAAUUUAUGUCACAGUAUAUCAAACACUUUAUCUCUCAGUCUAUUUUCAACACGGAGUUUGGUUAUAUCCUAUUUACAAAGUACUCACUUGGAAUCAACGAAUUAUCUUUACCCUUUCGCAGCUAUUUUUGGCAAUAUCUUACCAGCAAAUUGGAAUUUCGCUCAUGAAAAGGGACAGCGGAUUACCCAAAACCAAAUUAAAAUAGAACGUCAAUUUUUACAUAAUUUGGUUUUGGUAUUGUUAUUUAUUAAAUAUAUAGAUUUUUAGUGUGCA